UUGAGGAAAAGGAAAGAGUGAGAGAGAGAAAUAGAGAGAAUUGAAUAAAAAAAAAAAAGGUGAAAAAAUAUGACAGGCAAAAUCUUUGAAUGGUUAUAGCGCUGGACGAGAAGGGGAACUAACCGCGCUUAGUCGUAGCAGCCGAGGUGAGACGCAGGGUUCGAGGAUCGCUCGAGGUUAGCUACCAUCAACAUCGGCACUUCAAGAAGUGACUUGCGAGAUUUUCAGUUGUUUUUUUUCUUCUCUUAUUAAUUUUCGUCGUUCCAAUUUUUAUGUGUUAAAGAAUCCGCGAAGAGCCGUGUGCACGCCGCCGUCGCAGGGUCGGAGACAUCACUUCAGGCGAUUAGGCAACACUUGACAUCACUCGCUGCCAGCUAUUUCUGCCCCUGAGCCAUGGAGGAUCAUACCGCGUCUUAAGGUGUCGCGGAACCCCCCGAACGUCUUCUUAAUUGCAUACGCCUAUGUGUCACUUAGCUUGAUUUCAAUGCACGGGACUUAGCCGAAAAUUUCCAGCAGAUGUUUUGAAGAAAAAACAUUCAACGAUUAACCGUGUGAAGUCAGCAGUCUAUCUAUUGGAAUAACAGUUGUGAUUUAUAUGCAUUUAUACAUUUUGAUUGGCCCGUGUGCUUUACUUUGUGCUGGCUGCGUGUUUUACUUUGUGCUGUAUUCCACUAAGCGUGCCGUGUUGUUCUUGAUCGGACAGAUGUGUUUUGUGAUUUGAUGGAUUUAAAUCCACUCGUUAUUGGCGCUGUCCCAUUCACUAGAAGUGGUCACUGUGAACACAUAAUGCAGUACUUAGUAGUCGCUAGUGUUCGGUUAUUAGUAUAAAUAAGUAGUUGGUACAAUAAUGAACGAUUUGACAUCUUAGUAUAUUCAUUAAGAAGCCAGAGAACUAUGGCUGUCAUUAAUGAGUUCAGAGGUCAUCAGAGAAUUACCUGUAUGCUUGUUGUCACCUGUCUCUAAUUAAACAAGAGCCGUAAUUAAAUCUCAGAUUGUGUGUUUCUAAACGCUUCUAAACGCUUCUCUUGUUCAGUGUUUAAAGGUGAGAAAACGUUCAAAAAGGAUUAUCCCCAGUGGCUUGACUUCCAGGCGAGUAAGGUCCAGUCGUGUCCAGUUAAGAAUUCGGUAGGGCGCUGGGAUAUACAUCAUUGACGCCAUCAUGUCCUUCCUGGCACUGGAGACACCGCAACCCUGGCAGGAUCGGCGCCCAGAUCUGGUAGGUUCACAUGGAGGGUUCGGUCAUCUAGUCAGCUCCGGUUCAGGAUCGUUCUCUUCGGCUCCACGGCUCAGCCACACGCCUGGCGGCGCCACCGACUUCCAGCCUCCGUACUUUCCGCCCCCUUACCAGCCUCAGCAGGACUUUCAUCAUCACCAGGUUGACCCCUACAGUCACGUCAACCCCUUCCAACAGACCCCUCAGCACUACAACCAGUUGCACCCGUCGGAUAGAAAUGUUCUGGCCCGCCGGGACGACCCCCUCAACAUGCACCCGGGCCUCGGGGGCUACGACACACGUCGGCCGGACUAUAUGACAGGCCUGAGACGGCCUGAUGUACUUCAUCACCCCUCACACCACGGCCUCGGCCUGGACCAGGAUCCUACAUUGCUCAACCUUCACUCAAACCCUCUGGCAGGACUCGAAGAUGCCAAUCAACCACAGAUGGAUGACGGAAGUGGAUAUUUACACACAGAACAUUCAGUGAUACGUAAAGGAAUUCGUCCUAAAAACGAAAACAGUAAAGAUUUGAUCGUGUCGUCACACAUUGCAUCCCCUAGUGACGUCUUCUGCUCUGUACCAGGACGUCUGUCUCUACUCAGCUCAACCUCAAAGUACAAGGUCACCGUGGCAGAAGUACAGAGAAGGUUAUCGCCCCCUGAAUGUCUCAAUGCGUCUCUUCUAGGAGGUGUCUUGAGAAGAGCCAAAUCUAAAAAUGGCGGGCGCUCGUUAAGAGACAAACUUGAAAAGAUUGGUCUAAGUCUUCCGGCAGGGCGAAGGAAGGCCGCUAACGUCACACUGUUGACCUCAUUAGUGGAGGGGGAGACUGUCAGACUGGCACGAGACUACUCUUACCUUUGUGAGACAGAGUUCCCUUCCCGCCAAAUUGCCGAGUACAACUCCAGACAUGUUGAUCCUGCAGACUUUCACAACCGGAAGAAUAUGUUGCUAGCAUCAAAGCAAAUCCUCAAGGAGUUUAUCGACAUCAUCAUGCAGGACAGGUCCCCCUUGAACAACACCAGACCCAACAUCGUCCUCGAUGCGGGCAUGCAACGCCACCUGACCCACUUUAGCCUGCUGACCCACGGCUUCGGGCAGCCGGCUGUCCUGGCCUCCCUGAACUGUGCUAUGAACUACCUAAACGAAUCUCUGAAAAUUAUUGACAAAACCUACAACGGGGGCAGCCAGCAGUCUGGGCAGCCAACGAAUGGGCAGCUCCUGGGCAACAGCGGAAUGGACGGAAAGAUUAAAUCGGACAAGGAUGAGAAUAGGCGAGAAUGACAUUAGAUUUUCUUUUUUUUUUUUUUUUUUUUAAAUACACUUUUUUUUUCUCCAAUUUCAGUUGUAUUUAAAUGACUUUGAGUGAAUAUAUUUUAUUUUUUUUUAACGUGGAAUUUUUUUGGAAUUGGGGAAAAAAAGUCAUUUUGUACCAUUAUUGGGGGCAAAUGUGCAAAACUUCUCUGUAGGUUAAUCUGGGCAUCAAGAGUUGUCUGCCCUACUACAGGUAUUUAACCCAACUAAAAAUGUUUAGGCUUAGCCCGUAAAGUUACUGUGCUGUUCCAUAAAGUGUCCAUGGCCAUUACUUGAGUUACUGUAGCUGUUAUGUAAAGUUAGUACACUGUGACGAAAGUUACUGUAACUUUUGCUUAUAUUUAAAGUUACAGUGCUGUGACGUAAGUUACCGUAACUGUUCCUUUAAGUUACUGUGCUGUGACGUUAAGUUACGGUGCUUCUAUAAUUUGAAGCACAAAAGGUCCGCACAAAGUUCGUCUAUCGUGAUUUCAUAUCGCAGGUGUUUAAUGAAAAAUAAAAGCUCAAAUGACGCCAGUCAACAACAAGGGAAAUAAUCAUUACAGUGUAACUUUAACAACACUUCUUGACCUAGGAAAUAAUCUAUUAAGAGUGUUUCUUGCAAUAAAAGUGUUGAUUACCUGCCCUUUCCCAGUCCUAGACUAUUAAAAAGAAAAUCCUGUCAAAGUGUAUCAUAGUAACAGAUAUAUUUCCAAAAAUAUUUUUUUUUUGUUGUAAAUAUUUUUUCCUCUUAUAUUUUGCUUUUAUUUUUUGAGUUGUAGGGAGUGAUUGGGUCGACAGGUAACAAGGCAACAUAUAUAUAUAUAUUACAUGGAUUUUGAUUGCGAACUAUUUGUGGAUACAUCGCCUACACAUGUAGAGUUGAUGUUCUAGAAGCUAAUGAGUGAACAUUGCUCUUUUGUCAUUCUGUUAUAUUUGGCGUAACAAAAUAAUGACUGAAUUUUGUCCCUGAAAUGACUUGAUACAAAGUCAGAAAUGACUUGAUACAAAGUCAGAAAUGACUUGAUACAAAGUCAGAACCUUAAAACAAUCUUGGUCAUGAUUGAGCAUUUUUUUCCAGCUGAACUAUUUUGCUUAGUGAAAACCUUAACUUAUCUACACUCUACCGCAAUGCAAUUUGGGCAUUCUUAAUGUUCGAAAAAUCUAGUUCACUGAAUAUUUUAAGUGACAUUUUUAAUGGUCUCAUUAAAGUGUUUAGUUUUCUGAUACCUUUUUACCUUUAAAAUUCUCUGUUGUAGCUAUAGUUAGGAGCUUGACAUUUUUAGUAUCAAAACAAAAUGACUUUAAUAAAAUAUUUCCAAAUAGUUCACCCAGCCCCUCCCUUAUUUCUCGAGUUUUUGAAAGUUUCAAGUGGAUUGUGAAUGUGUUCCUAUGAAAUUGCAUAUUGAUGCCUGUCACAGAGCUGUUUGUGGUUUUGGGCUCUGUGUGACGUUUCAAAUGUAAAUAUAGAUGUUUUUGAUUUAUCCAGGGACUUGGCAACUAUGUCCAGUUUCUGCACUCUGUCCAAUGUGGUCAUCGGCCAUUCUAAUUUCUUGCCAUUUCAUUUCAUUUUUUAUUAUUAUUUGUAUGGGAAAAAAAAAAGAUUCGGACAUGUCAUGCUUUAAAUGUUUGACUUUUUCCAUUUAAAUAUUAUAAUAUAUUUUGUAAAUCGGUGAUGUCCAAAAUUAUUAUUGAUACUUAUAAUGAUAAUAUUUUGUAUGAACUUAUUUUGUAUAUUUUCCUUUAUGCCAACAAAUGUUCUAUCGCAAGAUUUUUUUUUAACUUAAAAGUUAUACUUGUAUUGGUGAAUUCUCUCCCCCUAAAGGAGAUUGAUCUCCCUUCACCCCAUGUGGAAUGCUUUGUUUUGUGUGGAUUGGCGUUUUGCAGGCAAGCAUUACAUUGGCCUUCAAUAGCGAACUUUAGUGACAAUGAACUCAACAAAUCAACUAAAUGCUUCUAGGUCUUCUUAAUAUUAGGAGAGAAUGUUGUUUUACUAGACCAGUGUGAUGUAUUCUCGCAGUGCCAUUUUGGCACACGGCGUUACAGAGCUGCACACUGCGUUUGGGUAUGUGAGAACUGGUGUUUUAUCAGAAUUGUGUGACUAAUUGUCUCCCCUAGUUUGUUUCACAUUGGUGUGAUUACGAAUAGUGUUAGAAAUAUUUUUUUCCCAAUGAGAUUGUGAACUAUUUGUUGCUUCCUAAUUUGGAGCCCAUAAAUGUAAAUGAAAAAGUGACUCAAACACUUGCUGAUACGUAUGUACUUUUGUUGUAAGGUUUUAAAUUGAAUUCCCAUAUCAAAAUUUGUAUUCAAUGUUUCUGAAACACAAAGGUUAAACACAUGGUAAACUGGUCAACAUGUACAUGAAUAAAUGUUACAGUUACAGUGUAAGUGUUUUACUAUGUUACAGGGCUUACAUUCUUUAUUAGACAUAUCUUCAAAGUUUGGAAUACGGCCAAAAAGUGUUGACACUAUAUGAGACUAAAAGAAGCUAUGUCAUAACUGUCACUUGGUUUCAACUUUCAGAAGCUUGUAUAGCCUUUCUUAGACCUUCUUUGGACUUCAGUCUCGGACCUUCUGUUCCCAGUACAUCAGUUCCUUGGACUUCCUGUUCCUUGGACACCAGUUCCAUAGGCAUUGAUCUGAAUCUCAAAAUUCAAAACGUUAUUUUUAAGUGGGAUCGAAAUUAUUAAUUUAUUUUUGGUCUAAAUUCUGCAUUAAAUAAUUGUAAUGAAGUUCACAUACAAAUAAAUUUCAAAGUAAAUUUUGAAGCCGAAUAUUAUGAACGGAUGAAACAAGCAUGCUAGUUUGAUUCUAGAGUUGUUACAAAGUAAACUUAACAAAAUCUACUUUUAAAAUCUACUUUAAAAAGAAAAAAAUCGUAGCAAAUGUUUAUAUUUACACAACUAAAAACAAUGUGGAAGUUCAAUAUUCACUGAUCGUAUUUUCUGAUUGACUUCAAAAUGUUUGUUUUCUAGUUGUACUUUCUGUCAUCAUUUAGUCAGUCAGUCAGUCAGUCAGUCAGUCAGUCAGUCAGUCUAUUAAUUUGUACUGGGCCCCUGGGUUGUGACAAUUCUUUGUCUUUUUUGUUGGGAGUGUCAGGAACCUUUGUACCAGGCCAUGACAUUGUAUUGGAAUGUGACAGCCUUGCACAAAUAGAGACAUCUUCACCAGGUUGUGGCAGCAUGCUGCUACGGUUACAUAAGUAGGCGUGACAUAAGUAGGCUUUCCAAAUUUUCCGCUUACCAAGAAAUAGUAGAUCUAGUCUUCCAGCUCAUAAUGGCGAUGAAAUAGACUUUCUCAAUUUUUAGCAACGCAUUUCCGACACCAAAAUGGAUAACAAAAUUUCUUUUGUCAACAUUAGAUCUAUAUGUGAAUAUUUUGAAAUGUAUUGAUGUAUUAGUUAAUGCGAAAAGAAAUUUAACAAUUAAAUAGUGUGUGUGUUUGUUUUGUUUUUUGUGAAAAGGAAAACAAAUCAUGGGUAGGAGUAACUUUUUUUUCUAUGGUCAAAUUGACUUUGAUACUGGAACAUUGAAGUCCCUCAGUCUGUCGCGAUGUAAAAAAAAUAAAUAAAUCCGUUAUUAUAUGAAACGAUGACUAUUGUAUUUGUGUACAUGAAAAUUUAUUUCUAAGCAAGAGAUACUUCAACUUUUGAGAUCAAUCAGGGGUUAACAAAGUGAGGUAGCCAAAACAAGUGGCACGCAAAUUAUUUUAUUUACAAUGGAGUAAACACAUAACUCGUGUAUCUAAAAGAAUUUGAUUUCCUGCUUUUUAAUGUGUACAUUUAAAAUUCUACACACUAAGAUCUUAAUUUUUAGAAUCGAAACAUGUAGAUUGUAUUUUAUUGUUAAAUUUUUAAAAAAUGGAAACAAUGUCAACAUAAAUCAGCAUUUUGUAAUGCUCUUAUUAAAAAAAACUUUGCUCCGACAAAAAAUGUUUACUAUUUGAUGUGUUGGCAAUGGGUUGUUGUCCAGAUAAAGAUCUAGUCCUUAUAGUUUGUUACACAUCGUUGUAAUAAAGAUUUUAAUUCAAAACCGAAAUAAAUAAUUCAUAUUUUUUAAAAGUUGUUUAAUAUUUGUCCAUUUAUCGGUAUGAAAAUGUUCUUACUAUUUUUGUUUUUUUUUUCGAAUGUUUCACAUUUGUAGCCUAUGCCUAACUUCUAUUUUGAGAAUAUAGUUCGCCAUGUUUACUCUCAAAUCCAUGAAAGACAAAAGAGACUUAAAUAUCAACAAUUAGGCUACAAGUAAAAUAUUGGACGAAUAUUGUUUGUUUUUCGAAUGUGUCUGAAUGAAUGCUACUAAUAUCUAUUCAAUGAUCAGCAUUUGUUUUUCAAAGUUAUUUCCCUUGACUUGUGUUUCAAAAUACCAAUAAACUUUGGGCAACAUUU